AUGUUGUUCGAUCGAUCACUCCUCGUCACUUCGGUCUACUUGAUGACUGCGAACGCACAUCUGUUCAUCUCUGAGCCAAAGCCAAUUCCCGGUUCAGCUCCCAAGAAUCCUCUCGAACCUGAUGGUUCCAACUUCCCUUGUCACGGUGUAGCUUUGCCUGGCUCUGGUGGCCAAAGCAUGGCCGUCGGCUCCAAUCAGAAGCUGGUAUUCGACGCUGGCACACCUAUAUCCUCGAGCCCUUCCGACAAUCCUUAUCAGGGUGGUGGCAACACUGCUGUCCAUGGCGGCGGUUCAUGCCAGAUCAGCAUUACUUACGAAACCGAUCCUCAGAAGGUCAAGGUAUCGACCGCAUGGAAAGUUCUUUACAGCAUCGAGGGAGGUUGUCCUACCAAUUCCCUUCAAAACCUUGAUGGAACCUUCUAUGGUCCCCUGGGUGAAUAUACGAAUGCCAUUCAAUGCUCAGAUCCUCACUCCAACGGAUACAAUUGCAUUAACGACUUCAACUUUACGAUCCCCGAGGGCGUCAAAAAUGGUCAAGCUACCCUGGCCUGGACCUGGUUCAACAACGUCGGCAAUCCUGAGAUCUACAUGAAUUGCGUUGCCGUUGAUAUCACAGGUGGUUCUGCCAACGCUGAUAUGAGCAAAUUUCCCGACAUCUUCCUCGCCAAUUUGGGUCCUGCCUAUGGAGGUGGCCAGACAAACAGAUGGCCCACCCAGAACCUCAAAUUCCCUGAUCCCGGCAAGUAUGUCACAACCAAGACAGCUUUUGCAUCGACCUACAUGUCCUCCGGCGUUGUCCAGACCAUCACUUCUGCUUCAGCUUACCCUCUGGCUGUUCCGAGUGUACUCAGCGGUGGUGCUUCUGGCCCUACAACGUACGCUGCUGGCUCUUAUGGUGCAGCUCCCACCUCAUAUGCUGCCGGCUCCUCUGCUAGCUCCCCUGCCACUGCCCCUACUUCCUACGCCGCAGCUCCUUCACCAUAUGCUGCCGUCCCAACUCUGGCCACAUCUGUCAGCGCUGUUCCCAUGCCUUCUGGAACUGACUACGCUGGAUCUUCCAACAGCACCAUGGGCGCUUGCUCCGGCGGCAAGGUCUCAUGCCCGACCCCUGGUCAGGUCACCUGCAUCGACGAAAAGACUUUUGGCAUUUGCAACAUCGACUACUGCGCUGUUCCUCAGGCUGUUGCUCCCGGCACCACCUGCUCGAACAAUGUUGUCUCCAAGCGUGAUGUUGUGAGAAGAAGAAGCUCGCGCAUUCACCGUCAUAUCCCCAACCACAUCCACCACAAGCACAGCUUUUAA